UCAGCCAUCCCAACAUUCCCUUCUCAGUGUUUUUUUGAGGGAGAGACAAAGAAGCAGUACUGUAGAAAGUAGGGGGCUGUUUAACACUCAAGUUAUUUUUGUUUUGUGUUUUUUUUUAUUUUUUAUUGAGACUCAUAGAAGCGGCUGGAGAGAAGUUUGCUUUGUGAAAAGUGGGAUGCAAAAUAUGUGAACCAACCAACACAGAAGCAGCCUUCAUCCAGACCUGGCUCAAAAAGCAUAAUAUCCUAUCACGAACAGGUGAAGUCUGUCUUAGGUUGGAGAACAUGGCAUCAACAGAGAGCUCUGCUGCCCAGCCAACGUCUUCUGAUCCCGUCUUCACUAAUGCAUCUCAAAGCCAGACAAAGAAAAAAGACAGGCAAGAACAGAACUCAACAUGAUCUCCAGCUACACCAGCUCAUUCACACAGGAGAGAAACCGUACUCCUGCUCAGAGUGCGGGAGGAGAUUUACUCUACAGAGAUACCUCCAAACACACCAGCGCAUUCACACAGGAGAAAAACCGUAUCACUGCACAGACUGUGGGAAGAGUUUCACCAGACUGAGUAGCCUCACACUCCACCAGAGCACCCACAAAGCAGAGAAACCGUAUUCCUGCUCAGACUGUGGGAAGAGUUUUAUUCAACCGAGUUACCUUCAACAACACAAGCGCGUUCACACAGGAGAGAAGCCGUAUUGCUGCUCGGAAUGUGGGAUGCGAUUUAAUCUACAGAGUACUCUCCAACUGCACCAGCACAUUCACACAGGUGCAAAGCCAUAUCAGUGCUCGGAGUGUGGGAAGAGUUUUAGAAACAGCAGUAACCUUAAAGCUCACCAGCGCAUCCACACAGGAGAGAAACCGUAUUGUUGCCCAGAGUGUGGGAAGAGGUUUAAUCAACAGAGCAAUCUACAAACGCACCAGCGCAUCCACACUGGAGAAAAGCCGUAUUCCUGCUCGGAGUGUGGGAAGAGCUUUAAUCUACAGAGUACUCUCUUAGUACAUCAGCGCAUUCACACAGGAGACAAGCCGUAUUUCUGCUCAGAGUGUGGGAAGAAUUUUAGUGGUAAUCUCAUAAGACACCAGCGCAUUCACACUGGAGAGAAACCGUAUCGGUGCCCAGAGUGUGGGAUGCGUUUUAGACACAGAACCAACCUUAAAGCACACCAGCACAUUCACUCACGAGAGAAACUGUUUCAGUGCUCAGAGUGUGGGAAGAGUUUUAAACAAAGAGCUAACCUUACGAGACACCAGCGCAUUCACACAGGAGAGAAACCUUAUUCCUGCUCAGAGUGUGGGAGGAGAUUUACUCUACAGAGAUACCUCCAAACACACCAGCGCAUUCACACAGGAGAAAAACCGUAUCACUGCACAGACUGUGGGAAGAGUUUCACCAGACUGAGUAGCCUCACACUCCACAAGCGCAGUCAUGCAACCGAGAAACCAUUUUCCUGCUCAGACUGUGGAAUGGGUUUUAAUCAACAAAGUCAACUUCAACAACACAAGCGCAUUCACACAGGAGAGAAGCCCUAUUGCUGUUCAGAGUGUGGAAAAAGGUUUACUCAACAGAGUACUCUCCAACUGCACCUGCACAUUCACACAGGAGCAAAGCCAUAUCAGUGCUCAGAGUGUGGGAAGAGUUUUAGAGACAGAGGUAACCUAAAAACACACCAGCGCAUCCACACAGGAGAGAAACCGUAUUCCUGUGCAGAAUGUGGGAAGAGGUUUAAUCAACAGAGCAAUCUACAAACGCACCAGCGCAUCCACACUGGAGAAAAGCCAUAUUCCUGCUCGGAGUGCGGGAAGAGCUUUAAUCUACAGAGUACUCUCUUAGUACAUCAGCGCAUUCACACAGGAGACAAGCCGUAUUUCUGCUCAGAGUGUGGGAAGAAUUUUAGCGGUAAUCUCAUAAGACACCAGCGCAUUCACACUGGAGAGAAACCGUAUCGGUGCCCAGAGUGUGGGAUGCGUUUUAGACACAGAACCAACCUUAAAACACACCAGCACAUUCACUCAAGAGAGAAACUGUUUCAGUGCUCAGAGUGUGGGAAGAGUUUUAAACAAAGAGCUAACCUUACGAGACACCAGCGCAUUCACAAAAGAAUGCGGAAUGAGCUCCAGGCAGUUGAGUAAAUUGAAGAGUCCUAACAAAGGUGAACACAUUUUCAUCACCAGUUCUGUUAACGUUUACUUCAGUGAUGUAUCCUGUAUUUCUUCGAUUUAAAUAGCCUUUAGUGAAGGCGGUUCUCAGUACUGUUACAAAAAGAGGUCAUGAGUUUUUCUCCUUGGUGAGAACUGUGUUUUGUUUGUGAUUAUUAUGCACAUUUGUGAUCAUUUCCAUGAUUGCAUGUU